GGCAAAAGCUCCAGCUCGCCGCUGCAGAGCACAGAGUUCAUUAGCGUAACACGAUGUCGGAACACCAGCGGGGUCUUGUGUAUCUGCUCACCGGUGCCUGUGGGUUUCUCGGCCAGCAUUUACUGAGAAUUCUCCUGGAAAAGGAGGACAGUCUAGAGGAGAUACGGGUGUUUGACAAACGCGUAGAUCCGACCUUGCAUGAUCUCAGCACAGAGCGGACAAGAGUGGUUGUCAUUCAAGGAGAUAUCACGGAUUAUGAAUCUGUGUUGGAGGCCUCCCGUGGAACCGAUGUUGUCAUCCACACAGCCAGCUUGGUUGAUGUUUGGUACAAAGUCCCAGAGCCCCUCAUCUACUCUGUCAACGUAACAGGAACAAAGAAUGUCAUCAAAGCCUGUGUGGAGUGCGGCAUAGAGUGCCUCCUCUAUACCAGCAGCAUGGAAGUGGUCGGUCCCAACAUCAAUGGAGAUCACUUUAAGAGGGGCAAUGAAGACACACCUUAUACAGUGAAACACAGCAUGGCCUACCCCAAGAGCAAGUCAGAGGCAGAGAAAAUUGUGCUUGAUGCUAAUGGCACCAAGGUUAAGGGUGGUAAGCACUUAUACACAUGCUCACUGAGGCCAACGGGGAUCUAUGGCGAGGGGCACCAGCUAAUAAAGGACUUCUAUAAGCAGGGUGUUCAAAGGGGAGGCUUGAUUGUUGGAGGCAUCCCAGAUCAUGUUGAACACGGUCGAGUUUAUGCAGGCAAUGUUGCCUGGAUGCAUCUCCUUGCAGCCCAAGCUUUGAGAGAGCGCCCAGAGAAAGUUGGAGGAGAAGCGUUCUACUGCUACGAUGACUCACCCUACAAAAGCUACGAAGAUUUCAACAUGGUGUUGUUCUCAGAGUUUAACUUUCGAAAGGCACGGAUACCCACAAUGGUGUUAUGGUUUCUGGCCAUGUUUAAUGAUUUGAUGCACUGGUUACUAAAACCCAUAUACAACUACACGCCGCUGCUGAACAGUUACACCUUGGCCGUUGUUAGCACCACCUUCACAGUGCGCACCGACAAAGCUGAGCGUCAUUUCGAUUCGCCCUUGUACAGCUGGGAUGAAUGUCUGGCCCGCACAAAGAAAUGGAUUAGCACAUUUCCUUCAGAAAACUCCAAAGACUGUUGAUCUGAGCUCAACCACAGCAACAUUUAUUAGAAGCUGCUAUGUAGACAGACGGGAUCGCAAUACGUAAAUAAUGCCUGUUGUCUAUUAAUGUUGUAGAGAAACAAGCAGUACUGUGCCUUACAGUAGGGACAGUGUAUCAGAGCUUUUAUACAGAGCAUAUAAACAUAGUUUUAUAAAAGAUGUCUCAAUAAUUCUCGUCGUAGUAGAUUAAAAGGUGCUUUCAUAACAUUUUUGAAACUGCAUUCAUUUCGACAUUCAAGCUUUAAAAACUAUGCAGUACCGAUAAAGCAGUAUUGUUCUUGGUCUUGUGUUGGUGUUUUCAGUUCUGCCAACAUCCACAGAAUGCCUUAAUUCAAAGUUAAAAUAAGCUUCAUUAUAAAAUGUUGACCACUGAUUCCAUCAGAACCGUUAACUACAUUUGUUAAUGAACUAGUUCUAGAUGGGGCAAAUGGUGAAGACGACAUAAUUAUUACAUUGUUGUUCUAUCCAUUUCUGUGGCAUGUACUAAUUUUAGAUAUGCAUUUCACAUUAAAUAUUAUCAAUAUGCACAGUAUUAAUAGUGACAAUGUAAACUCAAUUUACAUGCAUUUACUACUCAGGUUACUAAUAUUUUAUUGAUUUAGCAGAGUUUAUAAAAUGUUUUAUACUGUUUGAAUAAAUGUUUAUUGUGACACAA